AUUUUGCCUCUACGUUCUAAUAACUUCAAACGCGGCGUUAAGGCUCUAUCUCGCCUUGUAGUUCGGCUGCCCCGACCAGCCACGUUCCCGACGGUACUUUUCUCUUUUUCGUCAACGGUUUUAUGCAACGACGCUCACUUGGGAAGGGUCUGGCACGCAUCUCCCCUCCCAAUCAGCACCCACUGACGGGCAUGGGCUCAGAUGCACCUAAACCCACAAGGUGGACUCCAAAGGCGCUGGGCAUUACCAAUAGAAUAUGGGCCAUCAUCCUUGGAUUCAUCCUAAUCAUCGCUCUGUCACGGGUUAUAUCGUUUUCAGGCCAGACCAAUCAUAGCCUCGGGUCAUUCACGACUGAAGGCCUUGUACCAAAGAAUUACCUCCAUGAGGCCAACUAUCUUAUCGGCAAUUCAUCCGAGGCUGCGAACCCGUUUGAUUUUUGCCCUGUGUUUGGGCCUGAAGACGAUAUUGCGAAUAAAUAUGGGGUGGUGCCGUUGGCGCAGAGUCGCUUGCAUUUGGGGAGUGGGGGUAGAGUCCAUCGCGUUAUUCAUAAAGCGCUCUUGGGUCAACCUGUGACCAUCAGCGUGCUUGGUGGUUCAGUUUCUGCAUGUCAUGCAGCAGGAGACGAUCCAUUGUCUGCUAGAUGCUAUCCUUCGCGCUUUUUCCAGUGGUGGUCGAGCGUUUUCCCUCACCCAGCUUCGGAGCUGACCAACGGUGCUAUGAGGCGUACAAAUUCAGGAUACUUUGGAUUCUGUAGCUCGCAUCACAUCCCAGAGAACACCGACUUGGUGAUACUUGAAUUUGAUGUUGACGAUGAAGGCUCCCAGCGUGCGAUGGAACAUUUCGAGUUGCUAGUUCGCUCAAUAUUGGACCGUCCUGAUCAGCCUGCAGUCAUCAUUCUAGGGCAUUUCAGUGCGCAGACACACCAGGCUUAUGGUUUUGCGGGACCUGACCAUUGGCACAAUAUCGUCGCACAGUUCUAUGACGUGCCGCAUAUCAGCGUCAAGCCCAUACUAUAUCCGUCUUACAUGUCAAAUCCUGACCUCAUCAAGCCUUACUUCGCGGACCCCGUCCUUGCGACUCCGACAGGCCAUGAACUUCUCACCGACGUUCUCGUAUCGUACUUCCAAUCUCAGAUAUGCGCAGCAUGGUCAACGGCGGGUGGCCACUCGUACGAGACCAUCCCCAUCAUGAUGGCACAUGGCUACCCAGGUGCAGAUAUUCAUCUCUUUGGUGGUGUUGGCGCAAGGAAAGGUGCCGGAGUGCCGGAACCACCACGGCCGGUCGAUGACGGUGCAGAAGCCGAGAAGAAACAUGCACUAGCUCUCGCCCAAGCCGAAUCUCAGCCUACGCCGAUCUACCCCGAGCUACGAAUUCCUCCCGUGCGGAUAAAUACGCGCCCCAGAGACUCGCGACCGUUCGAAGAGGUCGCGCCAUUUUGUGCAUCUGCUAAUGACCUUGUGAACCCCGUACCUCCCUCACUUUUCUACGGUUCUGGUUGGGCAGCGGCGCAUCCUCCGACAGGCUCCUCUCCUUUACUUACGGCCGGGUAUUAUUGGUAUAGCUCGCUCCCAACGAGUAGGUUGCGCGUACCUAUCAAAGUGGGCGCUGGAGAUGUUGGGAUUUAUUUCUUGAGGGAGCCUAUGAGCCGGAUUGGGGAGGGAAGUGAGAUUGAAUGUUGGGUGGAUGAUAACAUUAGAGGUGCGGUGAUCAUUGAAAAUGCAGGAGACGUUGAUGAUGAGGUACCGACCCUUGCGGUGAUUGAUCACUAUGUCACGAGAGGAUCGCACUUUGUCGAGUGCGUGCUAAUUGGAGAGGAGGGGCAAGCUGUUCCUCCUUUCAAGAUUAUUGGCGUAUUCGCGACGUAGGAUAUGAUCAAAAAUGAAGCGUAACAACGGACACCUACAUGCGCUAAUCUAGUUGCAGAUAUAGCCAGGUGGUAGCUAUUAGCAGUUACCUAUUAUAAACCUCAGGAUGAU